AUGGAGCCCUGGGCAAGGGCCCAUGGCAAGCGGCCGUGGUCUUCCCUUGGCGAAAGCUCCGUGCGGGCGCAUACGCCGGUGGGCAAGCGGGUCGCCCAAACAGGCGGCAAGGCGUCAGUCAUCGGGCUUCGAAGGGAAGACAAGAACAAGUGGGAGCGACGGGCUCCGCUAGCGCCUCGACAUGUGGACGAGCUGGUGAAGCAGGGCCUCAAGGUCGUCGUCCAGCCUUGCACCCGGCGUGUCUUCACCGACGUUGAGUACCUCGAAGCAGGGGCCGAGAUCAAAGAGGACCUUUCAGAGUGCUCCACCAUCUUGGCCGUCAAAGAGGUGCCACCCGAGCUCCUUUUGCCAGGGAGGACUUGGUGUUUCUUUUCCCACACCAUCAAGGCCCAGCCUUCUGGGAUGCCUCUCUUGGAUGCUGCCUUGCAGAAGAAGGUCCGCUUGCUCGACUACGAAUGCAUCACCAACACCGGCACGCGAGGAGGGCCUCGCCUCGUGGCGUUUGGCGCCUUUGCCGGCUACGCCGGAGCCAUAGACUUUCUGCGAGGACUCGGCGAGAGGUUUCUUUCUCUUGGCUACAGCACGCCACUCCUCCACAUCGGAUCAGCCUUCAUGUACCCCACGCUCGAGGAGGCGAAACGCGCUGUUUCCCUGGCGGGUGAGGCGAUCCGAAAGCACGGCUUGCCAAAGGCGCUGUGCCCCUUCACUGCCGUCUUCACCGGGACGGGCAAUGUUAGCCAGGGCGCCCUGGAGAUUUUCAAGCUGCUGCCGCACGAGCUGGUCAGCCCAUCUACACUGCCGCAGCUCUGUGAGAAGGCCGACAGCGGCCUAAUGCAACGUGAGGACUGCCACAAGCUGUACUUGUCCAUUGCGACUGCUGAGCACAUGGUGAAGCGUCGGGAUGGUGGGGCCUUCGACAAGGAGGGCUACUACUGCCAGCCGGAAAAUUACCAACCCACCUUUCAGGACGCCGUGCUCCCCUAUGCGACCGUGAUCUUGAACGGCAUGUACUGGGACGCACGCUUUCCCAAGCUGUUCACAAGAGACGAUCUGCAUCGACACGUGGAGGGAGGUCGGGACAAGCUGCUAGGCGUCUGCGACAUCACUUGCGAUGCGGAUGGGUCUGUGCCCACGCGACAGUUCGCAAGCAUUGAGCAGCCCUUCCACAUUCUGAACGCCAUGACGGGCCAGCUCUCGGACUGUUUGGAUGAUCCAGGGGUGCUUUUUCACGCAGUUGACCAUUUGCCAUCGGAGCUUCCCCGCGAGUCCUCCGAGCACUUUGGCGAUUGCCUGGUGCCCUUCCUGCCCUACUUGGCGGAGGAGCUGGCACCGAUGGAGCCUGGCUCCACAGACCAGCUCGCAGGCUCUGCCAAAAUGCCGAUGCCCAUCCGUGGCGCCAUCAUCGCAGAGGGUGGAGCACUGACGCGGGAGUACCGCUACAUCCAGCAACUUCGAGACGUGAGGCAAGGAAAGGUGGUAGCUGCCGAGGAUGAGAGUGCGGCGGAGUUGCCGGCGGCACCCUCCUGCUGCACACUGGAGCUUACCGGCCAUCUCUUCGACUCCCGCCUCAUAAACAAGGUUGCAGAUCUGUGCGAGCAAGGGCGCGCACGUAUGCACAUCCUCUUGCUGGACGUUGGCCGGUCCGUUCGCGACGAGAGCUUUCUGUCCGUCAUGGUCAUGGCCCACUCCGACAAGAUCCUGGAGGCCGUGACACAUAAGAUCCAGGCCGCUGCUGCAGAAGCGUCCGUGAACUUCCGCCGAGCGGGGCGCAGUGGGACGACCGAGUCACCAACCAAGGUGGAGAAGAAGGUCCUGCUCCUGGGCGCCGGCCACGUCGCUUCUCCCUUUGUCGAAAGGCUCUUGCGACGCCCAAACGUGGCACUGGUGGUGGCCAGCUACCUCAAGAGCGACUUCGAUCCUCUGAGUCAGAUCCCAGGUGCAUCGACGCGCUUGCAGUCUGAGGUGCUUGAUGUGGCAGCCGCCAACGCAGGUGAUGCGGCUGCUCAGUCCAAGCUCGAUGGCCUUGUUGCAGGGUCCGACUUGGUGGUGUCGCUGCUGCCGGCGACGCUACAUGUUGGCGUGGCGCGGCUGGCCAUCCGGCACGGCGUGUCCAUGGUGACGGCCUCCUAUGUGAGCCCCGAGAUGAAGGCCUUGAACGACGAAGCCGAACAGGCGGGCGUACUUAUCUUGAACGAGGUGGGCCUCGACCCGGGUAUUGACCAUCUCAGCGCCAUGAGCAUGAUCGACACGGCCCGCAGCGUUGGGAGUGAAAUCAUGCGUUUCGCAUCUCUCUGUGGCGGCCUGCCUGCUCCGGAGGUCGCUGGAACCAACCCCAUCGGCUAUAAGUUCAGCUGGUCUCCACGAGGUGUGCUCGUCGCAUCCCAGAACGCUGCACGUUGGAAGGAAGAUGGGAAGCUCCAAGAGGUGGCCGGGGUCGAUCUUUUGGCACAGGCAAAGCCCAUCAUCAUCAACAAUUCUUUCGCCCUGGAUGUCUUGCCGAACAGGGACUCAACGCUCUUUGCCGAGCUUUAUGGUCUCGAAGACAUUCCGACCUUCUUCAGGGGCACGCUGAGGUUCCGCGGCUUCUGCGAGCGGAUGUUGGUCUUGUCCAGGCUGGGCCUACUUCGCCUGGGCCCCGUGGCUGGGCUGACGGGUUUCCAAGGCACGCGAAGGCGAUGGCUGGCUGAGGUUCUGUCGGAGGUCGGGUCAGGGGCUGCGAAGGAAGAUCCCUCUCAGCUGUAUCAUUCCGUUCGGAAGCAGCUGGAGCUGGCCGGUCUCCAUGAUGAGACGGGCUUAGAGUUCCUUUCCUGGUUGGGCCUGUUGCAAGACAUGCCCUUGCCGCAAGCUGCGGCAGACUCCCCGCUGGAUGUGGUUGCUCAGCUGCUGCAGCGGCCAGAAACGGCCUACCAGUCCGGCGAGCGGGACAUGGCCAUCAUGCGCCACGAGUUGGACGUUCGUCGUUCUGACGGUGCCCAGGAGCGCCUGGUGUCCACAUUGAUACAGUACGGGGAGCCGAAUGGCCACACCGCAAUGGCAAAGACUGUGGGCCUCACUACUGCGAUCAGUGCAGAGCUCGUGCUGGAUCGGCCGAAG